AUGUCCAUCAAAGCACUAAAGGGUCGAGCCCUUUACCGGGUGAUGAGUAUAUGCUGCUCGCUGUCAUUCUGCAUGUACGGUUAUGACGCCGGCGUGCUAGGAGGAGUGCAGACCACAAAGCCUUUUCUCGACGCAAUGAAUCACCCAACCGGCACCUAUGUCAUUCCCAUGAUUGCCUCCUCAUACACUCUUGCCGCUGCCGUGUGCUCUCUCGCGGUCACGAUGCUCGGUAUGCCUCUCGGUCGACGAGGGUGCAUCCUGAUGGGUGAUGCCUUUGUAAUCGUCGGUGCGAUUCUGCAAGCGUCCGCCUGGUCCGUCCCACAAAUCAUAGUUGCUCGUGUGUUGUGUGGGUUCGGAAUAGGUUUCGUGAGCUGCUCGGUGCCGACGUAUAUGGCUGAGAUGAGUAUAGACUCUAAAGAGCGAGGUCCUGAAGUCGCUAUCCAAUGCGUCUGGCUGAUCUCAGGCGUGGCACUUGCUUAUUGGAUUGACUUUGGCUUUACAAGAAUGUCGAACCAGGUGUCAUGGAGGUUUCCCAUUGCAUUUCAGGCAGCCUUUGCAUCAGUUUCUAUCGUUGGGAUGUGGUUCCUUCCAGAUACGCCUCGCUGGUUGUAUGCCAGAGGACGGGAGGACGAGGGCGAUGAGGUCGUCAUGAGACUGCAUGAUCGACCUCGCGAAGACUCACGUGUGCAAGCCAUGAGACAAGAGAUCCUGGCUUCAAUCCGGUUAGAGGAGGAAGAUGAGCACAAAUUCAACCCUCUCGAUUUGCUCUGGGACAAAAGUGAUCUCAGAGCAGGACGCAGGAUCAGAAUCUCCUUCUUGGUCUUGUCGAUACAACAGAUGAUGGGUAUCAAUCUCUCCGUCUACUAUUCGACCGUGAUAUUCUCGCAAGUCGGUCUUUCACCUUUCCUCUCGCAACUCCUGGCCGCAGUAAUGAACACCGGUUUUGCAGCAGGGACGUAUUUCCUUCCGUCCACAAUCGAACGUUUUGGCCGCCGCGGUGUCAUGAUUUGGUCGGCUGUGGUGUUGACCAUAUGCAUGCUGAUUUUCGUCAUCAUGAUCGGCCUUCCGAACCCGACGCUCGCUACGCAGUGGGUCGCUGUGGCUGUGGUCAUCGUAUACAACUUCGUCUUCGGAUAUGGCUGGAUCGGUGUCCCUUGGCUCUAUGGCCCUGAAAUCGCGCCCCUCAAACUUCGCCAUCUCGGCGGUGCGGCCGGUGCCUUCGGCGAGUGGCUAUUCAGCUUCAUCACGGUCUUUGCGGGUGGUAUUGCACUGCAAAACGUUGGCUGGAAGAUUUGGAUAUGGAUGCUUUUGUCUUGUGCGGUCGCCGUGCCGUUCGUAUAUUACAUGUGUCCGGAGACUACAGGGAAAACACUCGAAGAAAUCGACCUCAUCUUUGCAAAGCCGGAGAUACGCGAUUCCGCGCUCGCGGCGCGAAUGGUCCAUGAUCAUCGCCAGGAUGGCGUGGGUGAGAAGGUGGACAUCGCGUUCGAGGAGAAAGAGGAUGUGUGA